AGAAAAGCGACUUAAUGGUGCAGACUCAGAAGCUCAAUCUCCUGCCUUGGGUCAUAAUCUAGGCCCAUAUCUUGUAGCAAGCCUGGCCCAUUUAACAGCAUCUAGACACCAGACCAGGCCGUUUCCGGCGGUUGAGGAAGAAGUGGCGACGGAGAGAGAGAGUGUUCAGAAAGAAACAAUGGAGGACGGAGCUGAGAAAGCUUCGUCUCUCAGAUGGAAACUCCUUCGCCAAGCUCUUCUCCGCCGUCGUCCUCCCAAUUCCUCAGGUGACAGUUCUGAGAUCAGUAUAAAGCGCGUUUCAAGGAAGGCCAAGCGAGGAUUUAACUUGAUACCUUGUCAAUUGGCCGACGACGCCGACGCCGAGAAAGAUUCAGAUUCUUCUCCGUCGUCAACGACGAAACAAUCAAAAGACGCCACUUUGUGCUUCACCUUACCCGUCGACGAAGCUCCCAAGCUUUUCCUAACCCAGAGAGUGAACAAUGUGGCUGACCUCAGUGAUUUUGAGUUUUGUAAUAAACACGAAAUUGAUAAUACUGGCCUUGUAUGUCAGUGGCCAUCAGAAGAGGUUCUUGCAUACUUUUGCUUGUCACAUGCAGAUAUGUUCAGGUCUAAAAGAGUUAUUGAACUAGGAUCAGGCUAUGGCUUGGCGGCAUUAGUUAUUGCAGCUGUUGCUGAGGCUUCCGAAAUUGUAAUCUCAGAUGGAAACGCUCAAGUAGUCAACUAUAUUGAGCGUAAUAUAGAGAUCAACUCUGGAGCAUUUGGUGAUACAAAAGUAAAACCCAUGAUGUUGCAUUGGAAUCAGGAUGAAAUUUCAAACAUUUCUUACUCUUUUGAUCUCAUUGUUGCAAGUGACUGCACCUUUUUUAAGGAAUUCCACAAGGGGCUUGCACAACUUGUCAAGUGCUUGUUGAAAAAAGUGGGGCCAAGCGAAGCUCUAUUGUUCAGUCCCAAAAGAGGUGAUUCAUUGGACAAGUUCCUGGAGGAAAUCAAAGAAAAUGGCUUGCGGGUCAGCGUAACAGAGAAUUAUGACGUAGAAAUUUGGAGGCGUCAUCAGAGCUUUGUGAAUGGUGAUGACUCCUGGCCCAGCUAUGAAAAGGAUCACUGCUACCCGUUACUGGUCAGAAUCAUGCGAUGAUCUUUUGGUUUCGGUUUUCCUAAUUCCCUGCACAUAUUUCUGGCAAUUUUGUAUUUAAAUAACAGGAAAAACUUUAUGUUGUUGGUGACCAUUUUCAUGUCAUGCAUCCAAUUGAUGGAACAUUAUGAAAACAUUCAUCCUGAAUAUGAUGAAAACAUAUAUGUCAAAAUUUUGUGAGUUCCACAAAAAGUAAAAUUAUUAGUCUUU